AUGAAUGAUCAUACAUCAUCACAAGCUUCAAUUGAUUGUCGAUAUUUACGACAAUACAUAGCCCAAGGUUAUUUACUUAUCUGGCUCGAUCAUAAUAUUGAUGAAACAAAUGAAGAGUGUCAAAAUAUAUUGAAACUUUUAAACAAUGUCGAUAAUACAAUCAAUAUUUUCACUAACCCAGAUGAAUGUGUUGAUUUUUUCACUGAAACCAAUGGCAUUAAAACUUUUCUGAUAUUAAAUAAUAUUCUAGGUGAACAAAUUAUUCCUCUUAUUCAUGAUAUACCCCAACUCGAUCAAAUUUAUAUUUUUUCUCGUACAAAUUUAUCAUCUGAUCAUGAAUGGAUAAAAAAAUGGCCAAAAAUAAAACAUGUUCAUUCUGAAAUCACAUCUCUAUGUAAUACAUUGAAAAUGGUGAUUAGACAAACUAAUCAAGAUUCGAUCAUUACCAGUGUUAUCUCACCAAACGAAAUUAAGGAAAGUAAAAAUCUAAAUGAAUUAGAACCUACAUUCAUGUAUUCACAAAUUUUCAAGGAUAUUCUUUUGAAGAUGAAUUACAGCGAUAAUUCGAUUGCUGAAUUUAUUACAUUUUGUCGAAAUAAGAAUUUUGGAUCAACGAUAAAUAUAAAUCGUUUCGAAAAAGAGUAUCACGAUAAAUCACCUAUCUGGUGGUAUACAUGGCCAGCGUUCAUCUAUUCAACGCUUAAUGAUAGUCUUCGUAAAUUGGAAAGUGAUACUAUUAUUAAAAUGGGAUUCUUUAUUCGACAUUUACAUGAUCAAAUUCAACAAUUAUAUGAUGAAAAACGUGAUAGUUUUGGUAAAAAGUCGUUUAAAGUUUACCGAGGACAAGGAUUAUCCAAAGAACAUUUUGAGAAAGUUGUUAAAGCAAAAGGUGGUUUAUUAUCCUUUAACAAUUUCUUAUCAACUACUGAAAGUAAAAGAGUUUCAUCCAUGUUUGCAUUAAGUGCUUCUACAGCUCCUGAUACAAUUGGAGUACUCUUUAUUAUGUCUAUUGAUCCUUCAAUUUCCUCAACACCAUUCGCAUGCAUUAAGGAAUAUAGUUUUUCCGCAGAAGAAAAAGAAAUUCUUUUCUCUAUGCAUACUAUCUUUCGUAUUGGUAAUAUAAAAAAACAUGUAAGUUAUGACCAAGUCUAUGAAAUAGAACUUCAAUUAACUGCUGAUGAUGAUCAAGAUCUUCGUAUACUUACAGAUUGGUUAUCAAAAGAUGUUGAAGAUGAAAUAGGAUGGAAACGAUUAUGUAAUUUAUUGAUAAAGAUUGGUCAACUUGAAAAAGCCGAAGAAUUUUAUAAUACACUAAUUGAACAAACAUCGGAUGUUCAAGAUUUAAUACAUUAUUGUGGUCAACUUGCAUUCAUCAAAUUUCAACAAGAUGAUAAAAAAAUGUGGGUGUGGUAUCAUGUGAAAAUCAACGAGCUCAGAAGAACAACAUCUUCAAAUCAUUCUGAUUUCAAUAAUAAAAUUAUUACAACCAACAUGAAUUUGAGCGAAGACAGUAAAACCGUCAUGAUUGACGACAGUGAUUGUACAUCAGCUUCUGAAGCAGUUCUUAAAUGUGAUGUGAUGUCGAUGGAAGAGUUUCAAGAAAAACAAGUAUCUGCAAAUGCAUUUCGAUUCUAUGAAAAAGCAUUGGCAGAUUUCGAAAGAAACUUACGUUCAACAACUAUAUACAAUUCCGUCGAUCCAGUUGAUGAUGAUUUAAAACAGACAUGUCCAUUACUUUGGUUUCAAAGAAAAAUGCUGGAAAUCCGACAGAAAUAUCUUCAUCCAACUCAUCCUGAUAUAGCACGAUCAUACGGUGUUAUUGCUCCGUUAUAUAGUGAAAGAGAAGAUCAUUAUCAAGCACGUUCAUUUUAUCAAAAAUCGAUCGAUAUCUACGAAAAAAUUCUUCCCUCAAAUCAUCCAAUUUUAGCAUGCCUAUACAAUAAUAUUGGGUUGACGUAUGAAUGCACAAGUGAAUAUUCACAAGCACUUUUCUUCUUAAAAAAAUCACUUGAAAUUGGCGAAAAGGCUCUUCCUCCAGAUCAUCCUGAUCUAAAUUCUACUUACGGCAAUAUUGGGGCUAUAUAUCAAUUAUUGAACGAAUAUUCUAACGCAAUCGUUUAUUAUCAAAAACGACUUGCUAUACACCAACGACAACUUCCAUUAAAUGAUUUGAAAUUGGCUGAUGAUUAUGAAAACAUUGGUUUAAUGUAUAACAAACUCAACGACUAUGCAAACGGAAUCGUUUAUUAUGAAAAACGACUUGCGAUUCACCAACAACAACUUCUAUCAAAUGAUAUGAGGUUGAUUGAUAGUUAUGAAAACAUUGGUACAAUGUACAGCAAACUCAACGACGAUGCAAAUGCAAUCGUAUUUUAUGAAAAAGCUCUUGAUUUUGCUGAAAAAUAUUCUCCUUCAGAAUAUGCGACAAUGUUUAUUUAUUCUUUUCGAAUUGCUAGGUUAUAUGAAAAAAGUGAAAAUUAUUGGCAAUCAGUUUUCUUCUAUGAAAAGGCAGUUGGAAUUAAUCGGUAUUUGUCUUCCAAUCCCCUCAAUUUAGCGCUUUGUUACAAUAAUAUUGGUGCCGCAUAUACUAAACUGGGUGAAAAUUGGGAAGCUUUGGUUUAUUUAGAAAAUGCUUUGAAGAUGAAGAAAAGCUGCAGUUCAGAGGACGAAUCUUGUUUGGGAUCUAUUGAAGAUAAUGUCAAUCGUUUGAAAGAACUUUUGAAUGAAAAUGAAGAUCAAAGUGAAUGA